UAAAUAAGCUGCAGCGGUUACAAUAGAAUCAAGUUUCUCUCACACAUUCAACAACUCACAACUUCAACGCCAUGGAUUCUACUUCUGAAAUUGGUGCAUUGAUCAUCGAAGCUGGUGCUAGUGGAGACCUUAAAAAACUUAAAGAGAUGAGAAGGAAGGUUGGUGAUGACACAGAGUUGAGGAGAAUAUGUGAUGUAUACACUGACUUCUCCACAGGCCGGUGUGUGUUGCAUCACGCUGCUGAAAUCGGACAUUUUCAGAUUUGCAAAUUCUUGAUUCACAACCUCAAAGUCCACAUCGAUGCCCGGACUUUCACCAGGGAUACUCCUCUGAUAGCAGCUGCCAAAGGGGAACAUGUCAAAAUCGUGGAGUAUCUCAUCAACCAAGGUGCUUCAGUUAGUUCAGCAAAUUCAAAGGGAUCCACUGCGUUGCAUUACGCAGUUCUGAAAGAUAACAGGGAGCUUAUGGAAUUGUUGGUGACAAAAGGUGCUCUUUUAGAGGUUGAUUCUAUGGAUGGAACACCUUUACAAAUCGCUCUAUCUCGUGUAAAUGUCGAGACUGUGAAGUUUCUGCUGUCUCAUGGCGCGAAGCCAAAUAUAUGUUCUCUAGUUUUGGAGUCCCCUCUUGUACUAGCAAUCAAGGCUCACUCAUUCGAAUGCUUCGAUUUGCUGCUUAAGGCUCGAGCUGACCCAAAUAUGUAUAUCGUUGGAUUCAGCCCUUUGUCGUAUGCAGCAAAAGUAGGCGACACGAAAUUUCUGAAGUCUUUGCUUGAUGCUGGAGCAGAUCCGAAUUCAUCUUUGAUAGGUCAUGUGAAAAUCAUUGAGGAUGCUGCUCUGGUGCGUGAUCGUGAAGGCGUUGAGAUUCUGUUUCCACUGACUCGACCGAUGAAACAUUAUCCAGAAUGGACCGUUGAUGGCAUAAUGGACUACUGUCGUUCUGAACGAGCUAAAACAGAGAGAGACGAGUAUAAGAGGCUUUGCUUGGACGCGCUGGACAAGGCAGGGCACGCUGCGAUGGACCUCAAGCAAUACAGACGUGCAAUUGUAUAUUUUCUAACAGCUCAAAAAUUUGAUCUGUCUAACCCGAAAUGGGCAUCAAAGCGGAGCCUGUGUCAUGCGCAUGGGAAUAAACGCGUGCUUGCGUUGUACAGCGCUGAGGAAUGCAUUAGAAUCGAGCCACGCUUCCCCUACCCUCACCCCGGAGGAGACGGGGCUGCUGCAGCUGAGAUAUUGAAGAGAUUCUUCUUGGAAAGCCUUUCUUUCACGUUGGAACCUCACAACCAAAAAAUCAAUGAUGCAUUUAGAGUUGCUUUGUUUGAUUACUUUGCUUUGUUGUAUCUGAUGAGCAGCCCGGAGGAGAUUUUGAGUUUUACCCAAAUGUCCUGACAUUGGAUCAUGUAACAUUGCAAAUAUUGUUGCAUUUUCUAUUCUUUUUUUUGUUAAAAUGGAGCCAAAACCAAAAUAGGAGCUGCCUGCUGUUGAUUAUAUUUGGUUAGAAUUUAUGUUUUUGGGGCAACAAAGACAUUGGAAGAUGGA